AUGACAAAACUAGCUUCUGGGGGCGAAGACACGGCUUACCAAGACUUAUUGGAGUACGAAUUCUCUUCUAGGGAUGGCAACGAGGAAGACGAUGAAGACACAGACUCAGAGGAACAACUGGAGGAAAGGAAGACAGCACAGUCGUGGCUCACGUCCGCCUGUGGCGAUGAAUUCAUUUCGUACCAUUGGAUCUACGAAGACCGCGAUUGUGAAUAUUUGGUCGUCAACAAGGUAGGCUACCAGUGCGCUACACGAUACUGCGAGCGUAAAAACGGACUCUGGGGACAAUUAUUUUUUGGCAAAACCUAUAAGAAGUUCAUCGACCUUGUUGCUGAAGUAGUGGGCCGCGCGCAACUCGCCGAGGUUGACGCAAUGGAGGAACUAAUCUCGAUGAUAACGGACUACUCACUGAUGUGCCGUGCAAAAAUCCGCCGAGCGCCCGACAUUGCAGGACUAUUUCCGAUUGCCGCAGGCGGAGAACGAUACGUGAUCGCGGUGGUCGAAUACGUCACGCGAUAUGCAGUAGCGCGUAGCAGAGUGCAAAAUACGGCUGAAAACGUGGCAAUGAUCAUCAUGGAAGCGGGAAGAUAA